AUGCCGGCUUCUGGACAUGCCUCUGGGGAGGCCGUCGUUGGGGUCACCAUUUCAUUCACAGUGCUGGCCGGCCUUGCGACUGUCGCGCGACUCGUAACGCGAAUUGGGAUAGUUCACAGCGCUGGUCUAGAUGACUUGGUCAUCUCGAUCGCAAUUGUACUGUCCAUCAUGCUUACGAUAGCCAUGUGCCAACAAGUCAAGUACGGUAUGGGUAGACACGCCGAUUCCUUGAGCGUGGAGGACCAUGUGCAAUCGUUGGUUUGGUUUUGGGCAUCUGUCUGGGUGUACUAUCUUGCUUUGUGCUUUGCGAAGCUAUCAAUUCUGAUUCAAUACCUUCGGCUAUUCCCCGAGAGGAAGUUCAGAGCCAAGUGCUUCUUAUUGAUAGGCAUUGUAAUUGGCUGGACAAUGUUUGCUUUUUUCAGUGCUGUGUUUGCUUGCCGGCCGAUACGAUACUUCUGGGAUUCCUCUAUUCAAGGGAGUUGUCUCGAUCGAUUGGCAGUAUGGUUCGCGAAUACUGCCGUGAAUAUCUUGACAGACAUUUGCACGGCAGUACUUCCAUUACCGGUGCUGAAAAGUCUUAAUCUUCCCAAGAAGCAACGUUUCAUGCUUAUGGCAGUUUUUGGUCUUGGGGCAGUAACCUGCAUCAUCUCCAUCUUACGCCUACCAGCGCUCUACGCAGUCUCCAAAACGAAAGACACGAGCUGGGACAACCCUCUAGCAGCCAUCUGGUCAAGUCUCGAAGUCAACUCGGGGAUUAUCUGUAGCUGUCUUCCAACUCUGAAUGGUUGCAUAUCCCGCUAUUUCCCCCAGCUAUUCGCCUCGAGUGAUGGAUCGAAUCGCCUCACACCUCCGGUCGAGCUCAGUCGGUCCGCCAAAUCAACAAUCUGUCGCAUUUCGGCCAAUUGUAGCCAAUUGAGCAAAGCAAGUGGACGCCUUGGUCGAAGAUUCAUUGGCGGUGACCUGAAGCUUGCAGAGGAGGGGAGUCUGGAGGUCAUGUCUGAGGACCAGUCGACGCCGCCUUCGAGUCCGGGGUGUCAUAUUCAUGUUGCUACCGUCGUGGAGCAAGAGGAGGAGUUUCGCAAGGGCUAG